ACAAAGUUGGAUAUGCCAUAAGCUAAGAUAAAAAUACAUACAAUGUCUUACAGUCUUAUAUGGUGUCGUUAUUUUUCCCAAAUUUAAAGUUGCACAGCCUUCUUUGCGAGAUAUAUAUAUAUACGCGUGACUUGAGGCAUGAGUACUUCAUUGUUUUUCAAUUGUUAGCACUUAGUUGUUCUUAAACUUACCCCCUCCAUUCCAAAGAAAAUGGCGCAGCUUUCAUCUGUCUUUAUUGCCUUCUUUCUCAUCUUUACCAUGGCCUCUUUCAUCGAAGUCUAUGCUGGUGGGGAGGGAUCACUUACUCCAGCAGGGUGUGCACCGGCCUGCGACUUUCGGUGCUCCAACACUCAAUAUAAGAAAGCAUGCUUAACGUACUGCAACCUAUGCUGUGCGAAGUGUUUAUGCGUCCCCUCCGGCACGUUCGGGCACAAGGAAGAAUGUCCAUGCUACAACAACUGGAAAACUAAGGAAGGCGGACCCAAGUGCCCAUGAUGUGCCAAGCAAACCAUGAGUAGUACGAAAAAAAAAAGUCAUUGUUUAACAGUUUUUUUAUGCUAAAUUGAAAUAAGAAAAGCGUAAUUGAAAAGAUCGAUGAGCAGUUGGCAAUCGCAGUUGCCAACUUUCACCUGCUCUUUCA